AUGCGUUGGCGUUGGCCGUUCGGACUUCAGCUUCUGGACGUUGGUUUCGUGGCGAUGACCAUUGUCCACUUAGCUUACAGGCGAUGCAGCCGUUCGACUGCUAAUCGGGCGGUUGGUUUUUCGAAGUUUCACCGAAUGCCGCACGUGGUUCGGUGCAACGCGUUUUGGACGAUGUGUUUUCAAGGCCGAACCAGCCCCUGCGUUGGUUGCGUGUCAUUCAAGUGCAACGGAGCGAUUUUCGGCGCCUGA